AAAUGGAACUGAUUGAGCUGCAAUGUAGUGACACGCUGAAGGCGAAAUAUGAGUCUGUGGGCGCUGCAGAGUUUCCACGUUUCCUUCCCGACACAAUGCCCCAGUUGCGCACCCAAGCUGCUCAAACACUCUCUAUGUUUGGCAGCACAUACCUGUGUGAGCAACUAUUCUCCUUGAUGAAGAUAAACAAAACAUCCCACAGGAGCCGUCUGACUGAUGAACACCUUCACGCAAUCCUGAGGAUUUCCUCCUCUCAGAGUCUGACCCCAAACAUCGAUGAACUUGUAUCCACUAUGAGACAUAAAGUAUCUGGCUCAGACUAAUGGGCAUCACAGAGCAGCAAACUGAGCUUUAACAGAUUUUCAGUUUCAGUUUUUAUGCAGUUUCAAUAAUGCACUUUUUUUUUGGACUGGACAUUUAUGUUUUCUUUAAAGACAAUUAUUUUUGGACUUUUGUUUGCCUGUUAAAAAAUGUUCUCUCAAAAUUACUCUGGAAAAGUUUCAGAUAAAGCCAUAAGAAAUGACAGCAACUGAUUUUAUUUUAGUUUUAAUUUAAAUUUAUUGAAUAAUGCUAAGCAAUAAGCCUUGUUAUUUCCAAGUUCAAUGUGUGGUCAUUUCAGUAAGUUCCCAAUAGUUAAGUAUCUGGCAUCACAGAGCAGCAAACAGAGCUUUAACAGAUUUUCAGUUUUUAAUCCAGUUUUAAUUUAGCAUUUUCUUUUUUCUUGGACUGGACAUUUGAGUUUAAAAAAUAUUUUUGGGUUGUUGUUUACCUGGAGAAAAAAAACAUUUUCACUUGAAUUUUACUUUGGAAAAGUUGCAGAUAGAGCAAUAAGAAAUGAAAGCAACAGAAUUUUUUUUGUUUAUUCAAUUUGUUUAAUAAAUAAUGCUGUUUUUAUUAGCAAUAAUGUAUAGGUCUUGUUAGUUUUAGGUUCAGUAUGUGCAAUAAGGUCAUUCAGUAAGUUAUCAAUAAAUAUUGAAACAGUCCGGCCCUUGACUUGUCCAUUUUUUUAAAUUUUGGCCCACUUUGUAUUUGAAUUUGACA